ACAUAAAGGAAAAGAUUAAAUUAUAGCUUUAAAUUACAUUCAUAUAUAAUUUAGGGCAGAAAAAAGCAACAUAAUUGUCCCCCUCGAUUUACACUGUAUAAAGAGUGUAUAAACGGAAACUUACUUUUUUCAGUUCCCAUCUUAUAUGGCUAAUUUCAAAUCAUUUUUGUAUAUGUAAAAAAAUUAUGUUGUAUAAAUAAAUUUUUCCCAACUUGGUGCUCUACCAAUUUGGGGGCAGUCGGAAAAUGAUACUCAAAGGCUACACCAACUCAAAUGGCUCACAAGGGGAAAACAUUGUGGGCUGAGACGGUUAACACUCCAAUGACUGAUGUCAGUCAAAAUCGAAGGUGACUCAAUCGCAGCUCAUCUCUCCACUGGGCACAACAAUACACAGGAAAUGACAAUCAAAGGUCCUCUUGCUGUUUUGUUCGUUUUGCUGAUAGCUGCGGUCAAUGCUACAGAAGACAGCGGCUCAUGUUAUGGAAUAAGCCCUGGCACUGUAGUGGGUUUUAUAUUUGCUGAUGUUGCCCUGACGGUCCUGGUUGUUUGUACCACAUACUGGUAUGCCAGCAAACGCAGACAAAAGAGGGAAAACGCUGAUGAAGUCUACAUGAAUGUCAGAGCAAACUGCAAAUCAUGAAGAUCUUUGGAAGACUGACAUGAACAAUUCAUUCAAUAAGAUUUUUUCGGACAUGAUGUAAUUAAAUAAGGUUACUAUCAUUUAUUCCAUGUAAAUAAGAGACAGUGUUUCAUACAAUGUCUAUGUCAUGAAGAAAUCAGCAUGGGUAGGCUAUUUAUGUUAUUUCAAACCUGUAAAAAUGACUUUGUUCCGAUGAAUACAAAGAUAUUUUGAAGAAUGUUAGUAAGUUUCAGUUCCAGGACAUCAUUGAAUAACAUAGUAGGAAGUAUUAAUGGUAUUCAAAGGAGCCUGAGAACUCUUUGUUUCCCUAAAUUCUUUAAAAUAUAUCAUUAUGUGUUCAGCAGAACAAAAACUAUAUUUUUUUGCCUACUAUGGUAAUGGAGUCCCAGAACUGAAAAUUGCUAACAUUUUUCCAAAUAUCUUUCUCUGUGUUCACUGGAACAAAAACAUUUAUUCAGGUUUGAAGCAACCUGCCGGUGAGUAAAUUAAUUUUUGUAUGAACUGUUUAAAUGAAAAUGGAAAGGAUAAAAAAUGUAUAAAAUGAAAGGAUCAGAAAUAGGAAAUCAUUCAAUGUCUUAACAGCAAUAAAUACAUAACUCUGUAAUUUUGUGGGUAAUUUAGGUGCCAUCUUUUUAUCCUACUGAGAUUAGUUUUUUUUUAUAAGAAACCUUCUAUUUAUGUAACAAAAAAUGCUGUGGGUCCUUGUCAGAACAAGACUCUAUGUAGACCCCAUAUAUCACACAUGUUUGGAACAGAUUUAUUAUAUAAGGAAGUCUAUAAUUGAAUCUGUAUCUGCCUCAUCCUUUUACCACAAGCCAUUGAUAAUAUUUUACCUAAUAUAAUACAAAAAUUGGCUUUAAGUUUCUAUAUUGUAUGUGUUCAGUGCAGUGCUGGAAAUGGACAAAGUUCUGGACGGACUCUAGUUGGAGAGAUAGUUUCUAAUAUUAAACCACACAUGCAGAAAAUCCAUCUAUAUUUAUGUAUGAAAUUAGCAUUUGGAGGCCAUAACGUGGAUAAAAGAUAGAGAUCCUGUACUUUUUGAAGUGGAGCGCCCCCUUACAGAUCUUAAAAUUCAUUUCCAGCCCUGGAAAAUGCAGAUUUGUAUAUGCAGUUUGACAAUUGUGUUAUCUAAUGAUCUUAAACUGUUGCAAUCAAUUCUCUUCUUAUCUGAUAACUGACCACAAGAAGAGAUUGUUUCUGGCUGCUGAUCUGCCACAUCUCUUAUGUGCCUAUAAGUGUUAUUGGCCACUUUUGGCUUCUGUCGUUUGUGUGUCAGUAAGGAACAUCUGUGUUGUUAUGUUGCUAUUGUGACGAAUGAGUGUAGUGAGUGCUCUGGAAUCUCCUGGAAAUACUUUGGUCCAAAACAAGCACCGGACUGUGACUCUUUACAAAAAAAGAAGAACAACAAGGAAAAGAUUCAGCACAAGGGAAUUUUUACCACAUAAAUGACUUCUUCAGUUGUAUGCAGACACGGAAUCUACACUUCACUUCUACACACUUAAAUCCACAUACUGUUUUUUUUUAUGCCAUUCCAAUAAAGAAUAUCACACUUCUGUA